AUGAGGCUUCUGCUAUUAAUUUGCAUAAUUUCUUCUGUCUUUGGCGCUACCAUCAAGAAGCGACAAGUGGUCGUCAAUUCUGGGGUCAUCAUCAUCGUGCCGAACAACGUAUAUCCGCCAGUCAUCCAAGUGAACACAUCGGUCCCUGCCGAUAAGAGUUCAACCCCUCCGCCGAGCAGCACCACUGCUGAACCUCCCACGACUACGACCGAGCCACCAACGACCGUCACUACAACGGCUGAGCCUCCAACCAAUGGUUCGAGCACUACACCUGCUGAACUACCUACGACAACGUUGAGCACCACUGCUGAGCCUCCAACCACUAGUUCGAGCACUACACCUGCUGAGCCCCCUAUGCCUUCGUCAAGCACCACUGCUGAGCCUCCGACGACUAUCACGAGCCCUACCACUGCAGAGCCACCAACGACCACAUCGAGCACCACGACUGCUGAGCCGCCCACGACCGCCACUACAACGGCUGAGCCUCCAACCACGAGCUCCAGCACCACAGCUGAGUCUCCAACGACCGGGUCGGGCACCACAACUGCUGAGCCACCCACGACCAGUACUAGCACUGCCGAGCCUCCCACGACCGGAUCGAGCACUACAACUGCUGAGCCUCCGACGACCGUUAGUACCACUGCUGAACCUCCAACCACUAGUUCGAGCACCACAGCUGAGUCUCCAACCACUGUAUCGGGCACCACAACUGCUGAGCCUCCUACGACCGGAUCAAGCACCACAUCCGCUGAGCCACCAACCAACGGCUCAAGCACCACGGCAACACCUGAACCGAGCACCACGACUGCUUUAAUUCCCACCACCACAACGACGGAAACUCCGAAGCCGAGCGUGACAUCUCCAAGCAGCACCACAACCGGCAUCACAACGACCAGACCUCGACCAGUAGGAAAAAACUGCCGUCUGGUUGAGAGCUGUGAUGCUUUCCCGGGUUGGACAAAUAUCUAUGGGGGAUGCUACAAGAUUAUAUACGCCAAUACGACUUGGGAUGACAGCAGAGAAUUAUGCGAGGAAGCCGCGGGCGUGUGCGCCGACUUGGGCGUCAUACAAUGCGAAGAACAAAACGAUGCCAUCUUCCAAAAUGCUCAGCAGCUAGUCGAACGCGGAGUCAGGAUCCCUGAGUAUUAUCACCGGCAACUAUGGAUCGGCUACCAUGCACUUUCACUAAAAAAUCUUGUCAGUUUGCGUACUGUCAUCGGGAAUUACACGCGUUGGGUCCCCGGCGAGCCGAACGAUUUCGUGGGCUUAGGUGAAGGCUGUGCACAGAUGUAUCUGACCGGCCCAAGGUCUUCUAUAAAAUCCUGGAACGACCUUCGAUGCAACUUGCCAAUGCUCGGUGCUUUGUGCGAAAUACCGACGAUCGCGUCGAAAAGUGGCUGUCAACUCCCC